GCCGUCCGCUUGCUGCAGCUGCUGGUAUUUGCCGGGCCCGCGCUGAACAUGGAGCUGUCUGCAGUCGGGGAGCGGGUUUUCGCCGCCGAGUCCAUUAUAAAACGGCGUAUAAGAAAGGGCCGAAUCGAAUAUCUUGUGAAAUGGAAAGGUUGGGCUAUCAAGUACAGCACAUGGGAACCAGAGGAAAACAUAUUGGACUCUAGACUUAUUGUUGCAUUUGAGCAAAAAGAGAGAGAGCAGGAAAUAUAUGGCCCUAAGAAGAGAGGACCAAAGCCAAAAACAUUCCUUUUAAAGGCAAGAGCACAGGCUGAAGCUCUUCGUAUAAAUGAUGUCCACUUUGGAGUUAAACCCGGCUCAAGUCCUUCCCCUAAAUUGCACUCCAGCGCUGCCGUACAUCGUUUGAAGAAAGAUAUACGACGCUGUCAUAGUAUGUCUCGACGCCCUCUUCCCCGUCCAGAUCCCUCAGUACCCUCGGGAACUACUUCUGGGCUUCGUGCUCCUGUGUCUCCUUUUUCAGAGACUGUACGGAUCAUCAACCGCAAGACCAAACCUCGAGAGCCAAAACGGAGCAGAAUCAUUCUUAAUCUGAAGGUAAUUGACAAGGGAGCAAAAGCACCUCUAGCACGCCCUAAAAUUCCAUCCCGAAACCGAGUUAUUGGGAAAAGCAAGAAGUACAGCGAGAGCAUGCUUCGUAAUCAAAUUCGCCAUUUGAAGUAUGGAGCAUUCUCCCUGUAUAACAAGCCAAAUGUUGAAGAUCCGGAAGGAGAAAAAGCAGAAGAUGAAAGCGCUAACCAAGGUCUUGGUGAUGAGAGCUCUAGUACAUCUGGGUGUCCUUCACCAGCUCCAUCUGAUGAUAGACCUCCUAAAUUACUUCCUGAGACCCUAAGUCCAGCUGUUCCUGACUGGCGGGAAUCUGAAGCACUGGAUCUCUCCAUUCCACCAGAAUCUUCUGCAAGCAAGCGUGGCCAAGGAGAGCCUGAUGAAUCUGACCCUGAAGAGGGUGGAGACUGGCGCCCAGACAUGUCACCUUGUUCCAAUGUGGUAGUGACGGAUGUUACAAGCAACCUUUUGACAGUCACCAUAAAGGAGUUCUGCAAUGCACAAGACUUCGAGAAAGUGGCGGCUGCUAGCAAAUAGUAGGGAGAAGGAACUGUAACCGUAAAGGCAGUUUAACUAUUUAAAGGUUAAUUCACUCGUAAGCUAUUGCUACACCACCCAUUUAGUACGUACUUUAAGGUCAUGAUUCAUAUGUGGUGCUGUUCUGUAAGAUGGUGUGCAUCACAUUGACUUGAAUUGACCUCUAUCUAGGUUAAUAGACGUCUAUAAAAAUGGCUCAUCUUAUAUCCUUACUUGCUUAUGAUGGUACAAUUUAAACUUAGAAUGU